CAGUUUAAGCUGCUCAGCCAACUGACGAAUUCUGUGGAAUAUGAUGCUUCCAUGCAAAUAUUUUUGUUGUCAGUCAUGCAUGUUUUAGAAUGCAAAACAAACACAUUAUAUCGUCAGCCUUGCACCAGCCUUUGGAGAACCACUUCAGGUCUGUCACUGAAUGCAUGUUUGUGAUUGCAUUUCUUGUCUAAAUGAGCGCAUCUGCAGUGCUUCCCACCAGCAUGAAUGGAUCGGAUUUCGGCGCUUCGUCCUCUUUAGAAUAUUUCUGGUCUGAAUGUGAUCCUUACGAUGGUACUGGAGGACCAUCUGUGGGCCUCAUCAUUCUCUUUGCCACGGACGCCGCUGAAUUCUUACUUGGUUUCCCGUCAAACCUCUGGCUUGUCUGGAUCAUCCUCAAAAGAAGGUCAAAGUUUGGAAGCAUCUUACUGACAGACUUCUUCCCCUUCUCCCUGGCCCUCAUCCACCUGUCCUUCCAUCUGAUGGUGCCCUUGUUGUUUUUCAACCACUUCUUUUUGCGAAGCUUCCUGUUGAUGGCCUUGAUGGCUGUCAUCAUCUCAUCAAUGAUGAUUUUAAAGCCACUUCUUCUCUGUCUGGUGUGUGUGGAGAGCUACCUAGCUGUGGUACGACCUCUGGACUUUCUAAGGUUCCGGGCCUUGAAGUACAGAUGGGGAGCACUGGCUGCCACAUGUUGCCUUAACUUGGUGUUUGCCGGGUCUUCUGUCAUCCACUACUCCAUCAUUUCAGUGUCCACGAUCUUCCUUGCAGUACUGGCUGUGGACACCUUCUGUUCCGUUGCUGUCCUGAAAGCGCUGAAACAAACUCCACCAGGAGACAGACAGAACGCUCAGAAAAAACAGACUGUGUGUCAUCUGGGGAAUGUGGCGAUGGAGACCCCGGCACGGAGCAUAAAGGAAGAGAUGGCGAAGAGGGGCCGCGAGCCCAGGAGGAAUGGGGAGAUGCAUUUCAUAAAGAGGAAAGCCUCCAUCACCAUCCUCGCCAUCCAGGUGGUCCUCACAAUCAACUACCUCCCCUUCAUCAUCACCUUGGCUAUGUAUGGACUGUUCCCUGCUCGGGUUUUAAAGUGUCAGUUCAAUGCCACGGCCACAGCUGCAUCCAUUAGCUUUAGUUACCUGCAGCCGCUCCUCUACCUGCACAACGUGGGGCGACACCAUAGGAACACCUAGAUUAAAAGCUUUACUUAGGACACCCAGAUUCUUGCCAUCAAGAAUAAAGAGUCCAAAAGUCCAAUUUGUGUUGCUGACAUGACAUAUUAUUCAAAUAGUCAAAUCAAAAGUGGAAAAAUGUUGCUGCUAUGAUACUUUAGUUUUGUCAUGUACUGUAUAUGCAAUCCUUGGAUACACAGUAUAUUGGACUUUGAUUUA